GCAACACAUCAUCAUUCCUUCCACUCCGUUCUUCUUCUUCCUUCUUCCCCUUGUUCGCUCAGAUCGAAUCGGAGAUGAUGUCUCGCGGCGGCGGCGGAGGAGGGAGUUUAGAUCUGGGGCUGGGGCUGGGUCUCGGGCUGGCGUCGCAGGGCAGCCUGACUUCCUCCACCACCACCGCGUCCUCCUCGCCGGCCUCGCAGCAGCAGCACUGGCACGCGGCGCUCAGCUCCGUCGUCUCCGCCGAUGCGGGCGCGGCGGUGGCGGCGAGGAUGGAGUUCCCGUCGUCGUACCAGCAGCAGCACUACGGCCAACAGCAGGAAGGGAGGACGUCCACGUCGCCCGAGAGCGGCGCGGCGCUCUCGGGGGUCAGCGGCGGCGGGGGGGGCGGGGGAAUCAAGAGGGGGCUGGAGAGGACGGGAUCUGGCGUCUCCCGCGGCGCCGCGAUCAGCGAUGAGGAUGAGGACGGCGGCGGAGGAGGAGGGAGGAAGAAGCUCCGGCUGUCCAAGGACCAGGCCGCCGUGCUCGAGGAGUGCUUCAAGACCCACAGCACCCUCAACCCCAAGCAGAAGACGGCGCUGGCGAACCGGCUGGGGCUGCGGGCGCGGCAGGUGGAGGUGUGGUUCCAGAACCGGCGGGCGCGCACCAAGCUGAAGCAGACGGAGGUGGACUGCGAGUACAUGAAGCGCUGGUGCGAGCAGCUCGCCGACCAGAACAAGCGCCUCGAGAAGGAGGUGGCCGAGCUCAGGGCGCUCAAGGCGGCUUCCGCUCCGGCCGCCCAGCAGCAGUCCGCCGCCACGCUCACCAUGUGCCCUUCCUGCCGCCGCGUCGCCACCACCGGAACCCCGCUGCAGCAGCAAUGCCACCCCAAAUCUAACACCGCCCAUGCCGCCGCCGCAGGCAACGUUCUGCCCAGCCACUGCCAGUUCUUCCCCUCCGCCGGCGACCGGUCCGCCAGGCAGGCUACGUGGAACGGCGCGCCGCCGCCGCCGCUCGUCACCAGAGAACUCUUCUGAGAUCCCUGACGACCUGCCUUCAUCGACGACAAGAUCGAUCGGCGAUUAAUUAGGAGAUUUCCAGGUGGAGGUCGAUUGCGUCAAUUAAUCAAUCAAAUUAAUUGGCCAGUCAAUCAAUCAAGAGGGAGGGGAUUUGUUUUGGUUAAUUUGGGUAGCAAAUCAGCAGUAGCGCUCGCUCGGCUCAUUUAGUAGCGAUGAUUUGGUUUGGGUUUUUACAAUUUCUUUCUGGAUCGACGAACGAACAGAAGACAGGAACAGGAACAGAUUAAGCAAAGCGGAAGAAUGGCUGUCUGCUUUUUCUUGGACGGCGUGUGGACGAUUCACCGAUCAACAACCCCUGCCGGUUGGUGAAUCAACAGCUUGGUUUGAUUUGUAAUAGUACUACUAAUUGAUGAUUGAUGGGAAAAAUUCAAUGAAAUCUUUCGCAUCCUUUUUGGUUUA